AUGCCUCCCCGGGAGGACGGGGCACCCAAAUCUUUUACCUGGAUUACAGGCGAUCCACGCAGCAAGCAGAACAUCACACAGAUUCGCCGACAUGCGGGGCAGAAUUCCGGGGUCAAAGCUGAGAACAGCGCUAGAGCUCGCUCGAGCUCCUCGCCUAAACCAGGAGGACAUCGAAGCUCUGUAAAGGCCUUUAGAGCUGUGCAGCCUUCUUCCAAGACUGACGAGACGACCGACAAGUCUUUCAACACCUACGGCGAUGCGGGCAAUCCACUUCAUGUGAAUUACCCUUCCGGCGCCGCGGAGAAUGCCGCCGUUCCCUCGCCUGCCUCUACGAAUGAACCGGUCAAUGUCUAUCAGCCAUUCUACCCCGUGCCGUCAAUCUUGAGGGAAGCCAGUUCGUCGAGCGAAGAAGCUCCUCCGACACGAAAGGUUGCUAUCUGGGACCUGGUCAAUCACUCGGCCGAGGAAGAAGAGAGGCAUAGACUGGAGCUAAUGGCUUCGACUCCCGGGCAAGACACCGACGAUGGCCGUCACGACUAUUUCGGCAACCACAUAGACCAUGCAGAACUCAAGCAAGCAUUGAGCGAGGUACGGGCACAUUCACCGCGAAAUGCUCGAAAAGAAUCUCCCGCUCCAGCCACCAUAGCCCUGCAAGCCAACAUUUCAAAGCGACGAAGACCAGAUGCCCAGGCAGGUUCCUCAAACGCAUCAUGGCGCAUCGGUAUGGCGCCCUCCGCCGUCAUGACUCUGUCCAAGGAAGACUCACAGAUCGAGCAGAUUCUCAUCCAAACCAGCACCUUCUACACAAGCAAGUUCGAGUCAUCGUGGUUCAGACAAGUACAUGAAAGCCGUUGUUCCCUCGACACGGGGAGCGUCGAAAACUUCAGCGGCUCCAUCACCACGGCCGCCGGAUUACUGGCCAUCGGAAGGAUCGAUUCGGCUUCCUCGAUACUCAGCCGCGUCCUCCCUACUCUUUCGGACCUCUUGAUCCUACAACCCCCAAAGCUCUACUACGUCCUCGCCGAACUUAGCCUCGACGCCUCGAGCAACGAACUAGGACGCCUACGCAGCCAAGUGAAGAGGUUCGCCGCCGCCGCAUCUCUCACAAUCCUCGGCGCUUCCCACCCGAUCACAAUGCUUCUUCAACUCACCCUCACGAACGCCGACCAGCGUCUCCGCCUCCGCGAACUGAUUCAGCGAAAGAUCCACGAGCUGCACGAACAACUCUUCAGCGCCACCUCCAACGAGACAACCGGGCAUUACUGGUACCUCGCGCGUGUGCUCGCCCAGUUGGGCCGCCUCGAUGAAGCAGCUCGCAUUCUGACGCAGAUCAUCCCCAUCUGGGAAAAUACCCAUGGGAUAAACAGCCUCUUGCCUGUGACGGGUCUCCUCGAACUCACCAAGGUCCAUCUCGCGUUGAAAAACACCUCCAAGGGCACGGAAUCGUUCGUCUCCGAUGCUCUGCGCCGCACAUUGGCCAUCGAAAAGGCCGCAGAGCACCAGCCGUCCUCUCAGCUGGCGGAACUGGUGCACUCGAGGAUGGGCUGUCUGAGGACGUUGGGCCGGCUGCAUGUCAUGAGGGGCAACGUGGAGACGGCGAUGAUGCAGUAUACCGCGGCGGUGGGUGUGGGCGUUGCGGAGCUGGGAGCCGCCGUGCCCGCCGUGCAACUCGCCGUGGCGGAUUUGGACACCGUAACUCGCAUGGCUGUGCAUCCGGACGACGCCGAAGGACCCCAGGACGAUGCGGAUCGGGCGACGCUGCCACCAACAGUGAGGCUGGGGCCGGAUAUAAGGGAAACGGCGAGGUUGAAUCUCAUGGCUUUGAAUAAUCCUGGUGGUCAACAGCGCGCAUAG